AUGGCCAGUUUUGGAGGAACCACACAAAAGUGCAUGGCUUGUGACAAAACGGUGUACCUUGUUGAUAAGCUAACUGCGGAUGGCCGUAUCUUUCAUAAGGCCUGCUUCAGAUGCCACCAUUGCCGCAAUACCCUUAAACUGAGCAACUACUGUUCUUUUGAGGGGGUGCUAUACUGCAGACCUCAUUAUGAUCAACUCUACAAGCGAACUGGCAGCCUGGACAAAAGCUUCGAAGGAACACCAAAAAUUCAAAAACCGGAGAAACUGGUCAAUGAUAAUGAGAAUGCUAAGGGCAUCGCAAAUGUGUUCUUGGGUACCAGAGACAAAUGUGUGUGUUGCAAAAAGACAGUGUAUCCCACCGAGAGGGUAACGGUUAAUGGGACACCCUACCAUAAGAGCUGCUUCAAAUGUACCUAUGGAGGAUGUACUAUUAGCUCAUCAAACUUUAUCACACACGAAGGAAAGCUCUACUGCAAACACCAUCACAUUCAACUUUUCAAAGAGAAGGGCAAUUACAGUCAGCUCGAGAAUGACCAAGUUGCUACCACUGAAAUCUCUGCUUGA